GCGAUAAAAUUCAAUGCCAUAAAUUGAGUCAAACGAACAACUUCGACAUUCACAUAUCACAACAUAUCACAUUCAAAAUGAGUAAGUGGAGACACAGUGAAUUGGAGGAGGAUUUCUUGCGCAGGCCCUCAAAAGUGGAUGAACUUUUCAAGUUCUUGGACGAAAUAUCAAGCAAAGGCAAAGGCAAUGAUGAUAAGGCCGCGGCUGUUAUCAUUCCGGACGUUACGGACACAAAUUUUAUUGUUAUGCAGCGCGGCCAGUACCAGGAUAGAAAGAGGACCAAGCGUAGCACCUUUAAAUUUAAUAUGACAGCGAAUCUCAAUCAAAUGACUUUUAUGCGCCAGAUCGAUGUCAGCGAGGCGGAACAGACGUCCGCGCGCCAGACGAAUAUGGGACAGAUCAAAUACAUUGAAUAUUUUCUAGAAAAAAUGAGAUCUGAGUUCUGA